AUGUCUUGCGUCGCCAUCUUCACCCUCUGCUUGGUGGUAGCAGCGAGUCUUAUGCAGCUGGUUCACCCAAUCCUGUCCGGGCUCCUCUUCCGCAAUUCCUUCAGCUUUGACCCUUCCCAGCCUUUCCCCAAAGGUCUUUACAUGGCCAUCGUAGUCAUGCCCGGCAUCACCCCAUACCUAGCCGAUCUAGUCAUCACCUUGCGCUUGCUGCACUUCUAUCCCAUCGCCACUACCAGCGCCAAGAAGUUGCUCGCCAUCUUUGCCAUCCCAGUGCUGCUCAAGGUCGGACGUUUGGUCUCGCUGACGCUAUUUUGGAUCGAGUUUCGAGCAUCGUUGGACAGAUCUCCCACACCUCUGGACAUCCAUGGCACCACGUACCCGGCAGCGACGACGGAAUACGCAGCUCAGGCAGCCGACACGAUCUACUCUGCCAUCUUUUGCCUCUGGGCGCUUCGCAGAGCGCUGCGUGGGCCCGAAGCAAUGCCAGUGGUUCGAGCAAAGAGUUUCCAAAAGAGACUGGAACGAUUGUGGAACGUGCUCGUCUUUUCCUUCGUCUUGCCCGCCGCUUCCAGUCUGGCACUCCUGCUCGUCUCCCAACUGCACAGCGAUCCAAACAUUCUGGGCCUCAUGAUCGCACUCAACGCCAUGGUGUGUUGCGUCAACAUUCUGCUCAGCUCGGUUGCCAUCGCGGCUCAGAACGCGCGGCAUGCUUCGGAGACGGAGACGGCGAUUCUCGUGGAGGACCGUUCCACGGCGGGCGAUGGACGCAACUCAAGUGGGGAUGCAGGAUCCGCUCAGAUCGAGGUGUACGGCGGUGGCGGAAGCGCCUUCUUCAAACGCUUCCGAAGAAGAACACAAAACAUCAGUCCUCUCGUCCACAAAGGUUACAAUGCGCACGGAGGGCUGGAGGAUAGAAAGACGAGUGGUGGAGGUUCGCCAAGGUUGUUGCCUUAUGGGUCUUACGACGAUCUUUCACUUCCUCGGAGCGCCGGCAGGGGAGCCUCUGUAGGAAGGCGCAGCGAGGGCAGACAAGGUCUGGGGGAACACACGUACGAUCUUCCUUUGCGAGAUGUGAAGAUUGGCAGCGAAAUCUCUGCCAAUGGCUGGAGCACUGAAAGCGAGAUUCUCAACGAGACGCUCGGUGCUGGUCAGAUCAGGAGUGCGAGCAAGGCGGGGACAGAGUCCUUCGUCGGCGACGAGCGCUCUGCAGAUUGGAUAGAGACGAUUGCUCGACCUUCCGAAAUUCACGAUGCUCAGCACGUCGUUCGCAAUGCGAAUCAUGCAGGAACCAGACCCGCUACAGCUUCGAGCUUUGGGUCUUCGCAAAUCAGCGCUUCUUGGCAGACCAAGGACGUACCCUAG